UUGUUGAAGCCAACUCUGGCCACACUGGAUUCAACAUGGCGGCGCACGUCAUGCAGGAGCUAGAAAGCUCCGCACAGAUUCUCCUGGCUCCACCUAAUCAAGUGACAGCUGAGCAACGACAUGCGGCUGAAAGAACAUUUCUGGACUUUCAAAAUACUCGAGCUCCAUUUGAGCUUUGCAAAUGCAUCUUGGAAACCAGUGCUGUGGGUUACGUGCAGUUCCAGGCAGCAUCCUUACUCAAGCAGGGCCUCAUCCGCGAGUGGAAGUACAUGGAGCCGGGACAGUGGCAGGCGCUAUGGCAACACCUGCUGCAGCUGCUAGCAUGCAGGCCGAACAUGGAGAACUACGUGCGCGAGGAACUGGCAUUGGUGCUGGCCCUCGGCUCCAAGCGCGCCAGUGUGGAAGAUGGUGCUGACGCCCUGAACGAUAUUCUCCAACAGUCGACGCAGAUGGUGGCUUCUGGAGAGCAGCACCUGCAAUCUCUUGGAUGCUCUCUGCUAAGUGCUUUGUUGGUCGAGUUCUCGAGUUCCACACGAGCAACAGAUGUUGGCCUCACGUGGGAAGUUCAUCUCAGAGCCAAGAAGUCGUUUGAAGCAAACCAUCUGCGUAAGGUGUUCCAGUUCUGCCAACAGGGCCUUCGGGAAGCAGCCAAUCGCCUGGGCACUGGUCCAGUGCGUCCUGAGGACCGCAACUUGCUACGUCGCCUGCUCCUGCUUUCAGAACAGCUCUUGUCGUGGAACUUUCAGUUCUCCAUGCUGUUGCCUCGGAAGCUUGUAGGUCUUUUUGAAGCGCAGCAGACUCCGACGCUGCGGCCUGGCCUUGACUGGAAAGGGGCAUUUGAUGAAACUCCGCAGCUGUUGCUACAGCUCUAUGGUGCCUUGAGCCAAGACGGAGAGCUGGCACACGUGGCCCUUCAGUGCCUGCUGCAGUUGGCCACCCUGAGCCACAGUGGAGAGCGACAGCAGCGGAACACCCACCUCAAGCGCUUCAUCCAGGGUGGGCUGCUGGAACUGAUGGCCGUGAGGCCUCCCCGCGCUGGCGUAACUCAAUUGCUGGCACGCCUCGCACUCUUCCAUCCACCUAGCCUGCUGCCUGCAAACAUGCACGUCCCAUACCUCGAGCGCCUCUGUGACUUGGCCUGCUGCGUGCUCCAGUCACCGGUUGGAGACGACGCCGAGCAGCAGCAGGAGACACUCGACCACAUUCUGGACGCGUGGGUUCCCCUGCUUCAAGAGCCACAAACGUUUCCUGCAGAACCGCUGAAGGUGGCCACCAUGAGAGUCUUCGAGCUGUACCUGCGUAGCCGACUGGCGGCCCCUGACGGCACUCGGCCCCCGAUCAGUGAUGAGGAGGAAGUGGCUGAGGAAGAUGAGGAUGAUCGGCUCCGUUAUCGUGACCAGCUGUGUGUGGUCGGCAUGUUAGGCCGUCAUGUCCUGCCCCACAGCUUGCCCCUGCUCUGUCGAGUGAUGGAGGAUCGCACUCAGCGCCUGCAGGAGUUGCUGCAGGGUCAACCUCAAGCUGGCACUCCCAUGACUGCUGCCCACAAGGAACUGCUGGAGGACCUCCACUGGAUCGUGCUCAUCACUGGCCACCUGUUGACAACAGUGUGCGAUGGCGAGACCCCGCUAAUCCCCAGGGAAGUGACGCAGUUCAGCUUGAACUCUGGUGCUGAUACGGCAGCCACACUCUCCCUGCUGUCGCGACUAGGCCAGGCCGAUGCCGUGUCUUCUGUUCAGGGAAAUGUGGACCCAGUGGUUAGACUGAUCGUUGCAGUUCUGCAGCUGUGCCAUGUGGAGAGGGCAGCACUGCAGGCAGGGCUUGGCUCCCAGCUCAGCCCCGAAGUGGCCAUAACGUUGGUGUGGUUUCUUUAUCGUUGGGGGCUGACCUACCUGCUGCCGAAUGAGACAUACUACACGCAGGAAAGCAGCAUCAUGCGGAUUAUCUUUAAGGGUGCAUUGGGAGACCUUGUACAGCACGCGGGGAGGGAGCCCUCAGCACCUGCUCGUCAGAUGAGCCCAACAUUAGUUGCGGCGUUCGGGCGGGACUCGGAGGCUGGCCCUUGCGUGCUGGACUGGGUGCUAGGCAAGCUGUGCUCCAACCUGGAGUUAUGGCACAGUGAGACUGCGCUGACCCUGUCCACCUGCCAGGCGAUGGUUUCGCUCCUCAACAAUGUUGAGAGGGGUCACCGGGCUGCAGCAUGUCCGAGUCUGCUGUCCCUUUUGCAGCGUCAGUCACAGGGCCAGCUGGGUCCUCUCGCACCAGGCUCUCAUCGGGCACUGCUUAAGGCCCUGGUCAUUGCAUGCACUGCCAACAGAUUGCCUGAGGCGCCCCGACUUUGGGAGGCCCUCCUGGGGCCCCUCAAAACUCGCUUUGACGAGUUCUUCGAGUCUUGUGUUCAGACUCGCUGCCGUUUCACUGAGCCGCAAAAGAGCAAAGCGCUUGACCUCUUGGAGAGCCUGUGCGGUGUCGCCGAGGGCACCACACCCAGCAACCUGGACACCAUUCGGCCCAUGCUGCUGCCCCUGCUGGUUCGGCUGUCUUCCAUCGUUGCUGUGCUGCGUUCUGAGGCCACCCUGAUAACUGCCACCACGCAAUUGUUUCGAGCAGCGGCCCGCCGGAUGCUGUGCUUUGUGGGGCCAAACGAUGCCACACAGCUCUGCCACUGUUGCUUGGAACUCGUGCGCCACUUUGCCGAGCACAGCUCAGGCUUGUUCACAACAGAAGCAACUGCCGAGGAUAGCCACGUUCGCGAAUUGGGGGAGCUGCUUGAGCUAUUAACAGAGCUCCUCUCUAAGGACUUCAUGUACAUGGGUGCACAGAUUAGGGGAGCUGCCAACAGCACUGCUACCGAUGAAACUGCUACACGAUUUGAAGUGCCUGCCCCUGGCAUUGCUGUAGAAGGCUUGCGGCUUCUCAUGCCCCUGCUCAACGCUCAGCUACUGCAGUUCCCGACACUGUGUGUGCAAUACUUCAAGCUGGUCGCUCUGCUUAGUGAACUGCAUCCCGACAAAGUGUGCCAGAUGCCCGAGGGUUUACUCCAGGCACUACUAGGGUCAAUUCGAGUGGGACUGACAAGCUACUCUCCUGAAGUGUCCGGCCUUUGCCUGGACGUGGUGUCUGUGCUAGCACUGGAGGUUCACCGACAGGGUCUCCAGACUAGCCCAGCAGGACGUGCCAUCGAGCCGUUCCUGCAGCUGCUCCUAGAGAUGGUGCUACUACAGCCGCUGGACGCCGAGCUCACUCUUGUGGCUGGCAGCGCGCUGUUCGCUCUCCUCUGCUGCUUCCAGGAAAGCUUUGUGCAGCUUGCCCAAGCUCUCGUGGCAAGCCAGCAGGAUGCCGCAGUUGGGCAGCGGCUUGAAUCCCUGCAGACUCUCACUCGAGCACAACCCCUGACCCCCGAACGACCCAACCGACUUCGCUUCAGGGACUCGUUCGAGGCUUUUGUCACGGAAGUUCGGGGAUUCCUGUGCGUCAAAUGACGUCUCUCGAUAACUUAUCACUGCCCUGUCCUCGAUCAUCCCUCCAUCCAGCGCUCUCUUCAUUCUUGCGAUAGAAAAUGAUGCACUCACAUCUGGAACGAGUAAAAUGCCUUUAUUUCUCUACAACUGUAAUCUCCGGUCUCCGACGUGACGUCAUUUCUCUGUACAUGCCACACCUUCACUCUCCUUGGGUUACUUUUAUUGCUCCUAAUUGUGGAAGACAGCGCUAAGUGUAUUGGCCUACUUCUGGGGGCUUGUUAAGUACCUGAAAGAAGAAUUGAAAC